AUGCCCGCCUUUCUGUCUCUUCUAUCUUUUCUAGCCUUCUCGUUGUCUGCAACGGCCUUUAUUCACCCUGGGGCGCUUCACACCGCAGAAGAUUUCGAACGUAUCAAGAACCAUGUCGUCAAGAGCGAUGAACCUUGGAAUACCACGUGGACUUUACUGACUGCGAGCCCGUAUGCCCAGUCAUCCUACCAGCCUAACCCCAAAGAGAUUGUGUAUCGAGGCGACAACGGCGUCAAUGGGGAAAACUACCCAUCCCUGUACAAAGACACCGCAGCCGCAUACCAACUUGCCGUACGCUGGAAAAUUUCCGACGACAAGAGCUAUGCAGACGCUGCGAUCAAUAUUCUGAAUUCAUGGGCUGUCACACUGAAAGAAAUCGGCGGCACCAGCGACAAAUUCCUGGCCUCUGGUAUCUAUGGGUACCAGAUGGCCAAUGCGGCAGAGCUUAUGUCUGACUAUCCUGGUUGGGCCAGCAGUGACAAGACUGCUACUGCGACCAUGUUGACGAAUGUAUUCGCUCCAAUGAACACGCGGUUCAUGGAAGAACAUAACGGUCAGGAUCAUUAUCACUACUACGCCAAUUGGGAUCAAUGUAACCUCGCCUCUCUCCUCGCUAUCGGUAUCUUCACCGAUAAUCAGACUAUGUACGACUACGCGUUGAACUAUGUCCGCACAGGCCUUUCAAACGGGGCUCUCCCUGUUUUUGCAAUUGCCAACUACACGGAACCUGGCUCAAACAAGGUCCUGACACAGGGACAAGAAGCUGGGCGAGACCAGGGCCAUUCGACACUGGACAUGGUGCUUCUUGGUGUCAUAGCACAGCAGGCGUUCAACCAGGGAGAUGAUCUCUUCGCCGAAUACAGCAACGAAAUUCUCAAUGCGGCCGAAUAUGUCGGAAAGUACAAUGUCGGCUAUGACGUGCCCUACACUGUGUACAAAAGCUACCAGGGAUAUCAGACUGUCAUUUCAGAAAACGCGCGUGGAACUGUUCGCCCGGGAUUUGAGCUCCUCUCUGCCCAUUACGGCCAGAUAAAGCGCCUCGACUCAUAUUGGACCGAUGCCUACCGUGACUGGGUGAAUGCAAAUUCCACAGACGGUGUUGAGGGCGGCGGUGGAAAUUAUGGCUCGACCUCGGGUGGCUUUGAUGUGCUUGGGUUUGGCUCCCUUCUAUAUCGUAUUUAG